UCCAAGCAUCCUCAUAUAAUACUAUAUUAUUCGGUUGACACCGGAGUAGGCUCUUCCUCCUUUACUUUUACAACAACAUUCCUUUUCGUCUCCCAAAUCUAUAAAAUAUGUCAACUUUUAUAAAACUACACUAUAUCCUACUCAACAUCUCCACAAACCAUGUCACCACCCACUACUCAAUCUUUGUAAUAAUAACCCUCCGUUUUUCCCUCUUUCACCAUUUCUAAAUCUUAAACUCAAUAUUUCCUUCUUUUUUAAAAAAAAUUUUCCCCAUAAAUUUAUUCAAGUUCUAUAAAAUGGAUGGAGUUGACUUUAAUGAACACCUACUUGUUCAAAUCGAGGAUGGCGUUGACCAAAAUGAAAUAGAAAGUAAUAAUGAUGGAGGAGAAAGGAAAAUAGUAAUAAAGAAAUUGAGAAAAUUAUCUGAUAAGGGAGUGUGCAUAUUAGAUGGGGUGGACUUGGAGAUACCAAAGGGUAUGAUAGUAGGAAUUAUAGGGCCAAGUGGUAGUGGGAAAUCAACGUUGCUAAGGGCACUUAACAGAUUAUGGGAGCCACCUGCAGGAAGUGUGUUUUUGGAUGGACGUGAUAUUUGCGAUAUUGAUGUCCUCUCUGUUCGUCGACGUGUUGGCAUGCUCUUCCAACUUCCUGCACUCUUUAAAGGAAGUGUGGCUGAUAACGUGCGUUAUGGACCAAAGUUGCGGGGAAAUAAAUUAAGUGAUGAGGAAGUACAAAAAUUGUUAAGUAUUGCUGAUCUUGAUCAUUCCUUUCUUUACAAAAAUGGGAAUGAGCUCUCUGUCGGACAACAACAACGAGUUGCACUUGCUAGGACCCUAGCUAAUGAACCUGAGGUAUUGCUAUUAGAUGAGCCAACAAGUGCCUUGGACCCAAUAUCAACACAAAACAUAGAGGAUGCUCUAAUUAAAUUGAAGACAACCCAAGGGAUGACAGUCAUCAUGGUCUCACAUAGCAUAAGGCAAGUCCAAAGAGUGGCUGAUUUGGUUUGUCUUUUGGUAAAUGGUGCCAUUGUUGAAGUUUUGCCACCUCAUCGUCUUUCCGAUGCUAAGCAUCCUAUGGCCCUAAGAUUUCUUGAGCUUAGCUCUUAAUCUCAUCAUAAUGUGAACAAUAUGAAGAUUAAUAUGAACAUUAGUUGCUAAUCGAAGUACUAAUCAAAUUUGGAUAUCAAUUAUCAAUGUCCUAUGAAAUUCUCUAAUGGGUAUCUCAAUUGAUGUUUAGUUUGUGAAAUGGAACUAAAUGUUUCGAGUUAUAUAAGACUUUUAUGAACAA